AUGACCUACACUGCCACGAUUCAGGGAAAUUAUGUUCAAGUGGCAUGGUUCGAUCACAAAACCGAAACAGUCGUGUCGUGGGACUCAAUUCAAGGAGUCAAGAUUGAGGAUCGAAGUCCCGAAAUCACCGCGAUUGGAAUAGUUCAUCCCCCAAUUCGAACUCAUCCGGUCACAAUUAUCGGAACAGUGCGUGAUAUUCAAAUAUACGAUGUUAUGAAACGGUCGGAUAAGCCAAUCUUCAAAAUAAAAUUGGAAAAUAUGAUCAAGAAGGAAUCAGAAUCAAGGGAUAGCAAUUAUAUUGGGGGAUUCUGCAAAGGAAUUUCUUUGAAGGAUAAUGCUAUCCUCAUCGGGACGCAUACUGGCGAAAUUAUUGUUAUAUUGUGCCAUGGAGAAGCGCAUUUCACAACAAAGAAAAAUUUGAAAGGACACACACAGGCGGUCGUCGGAAUAGCUACUUGUGUCUACGAUGACAUUACUGUUAGUUGUUCGGCAAAUGAAGAAAUAAUUGUGUGGCAGAAAUCGCUGAAGGGAAUUCAAUCGAAAAUUGAGACAAAUGAAAACAUAAGCGCGGUUAACAUUCUACGAAAACAAAUUAUUAUUGGGACUAUGCGUGGAAUUGUUCAGCUGUACUCUGUCGCGACCGGAGCUUUAAUGUGCGAAACCACAGCUCAUGCAAGAGUAGUGACAAGCAUAUCUGUGGCACCAGAGAGUGCUUACAUACUGACGUCUUCAGAAGAUGGAAUCUACACCGUUUCAAAGCUAUACACCCGUAAGCCCCAUCCAUACGAACUUGAAUACCGCUUCUCGAAAAAACACCAACAUCCAAUGAUCGUCGGUGCCCAAUUCAUGAAUCCCCAAGGAAAUAUGUUUGCCUUGGUUGCAUUCGAUCAUCCGCAGAUAUCGGUUUUCAAGAUACCAACAAAGGUCGAACCCAGCAGCUCACAGAAAACAUAA